CGGCCAGGGGGAGCGGACUCAGGGCCCUGCCCCGCGCGGCGUGCCCGGCCUCGCUGCGCCCACCGCCAGCUGGCUCAGAGCCGCGCAGAGCCACGCCGCGGUCGCAGGUCGGGUUCCCAGCGCUGCUCCCGGGCCGCCGCCCUAGCCAUGAAGAUGCACUUCUGCAUCCCGGUGUCCCAGCAGCGGCCCGAUACGCUGGGGGGGCGCUACGUGCUGUACUCCGUGUACCUGGACGGGUUCCUCUUCUGUAGGGUGCGCUACAGCCAACUUCAUCGUUGGAACGAACAGCUGAGGCGAGUCUUUGGAAAUUGCCUUCCUCCCUUUCCACCAAAGUACUACCUUGCAAUGACCACGUCCAUGGCUGAUGAGAGGAGGGACCAGUUGGAACAGUAUUUGCAAAAUGUACCCAUGGACCCAAACGUGUUGAGAAGUGAUGUCUUCGUUGAUUUUUUAAAACUGUUACAGCUGGACACAUUUAAUAUCACUACCAAGAAAUCCUUUCUGGAUAUAUUUCUGCCUGAUGGAAGGAGUAUUAAAGUCGAAAUUCUGACAUCAGAUACUGCUGAAAGAAUCCUAGAGGUGGUUUCGCACAGAAUUGGACUGUGUCAGGAGCUCUUGGGCUACUUCAGCCUAUUUCUCAUUCAGUUGCACAAGGAAGACAAGCUCUCUGUUUUGAAAAAAAUGGCAGACUUUGAACUUCCCUAUGUUAGUCUUCAGAGUUCAGAAGUGGAAAACUGUAAGGUUGGACUCAGAAAGUGGUAUAUGGAUCCCUCCCUUGACGCCAGGCUGAUGGAUUGCAGAGUGGCUGGAGAGCUGAUCUACCUGCAGGCAAUACAGGACAUUGAGAAAGAAUGGGCCAAACCCACACCUGCACAGAGGGAGAAAUUAGAGGUGCUCCAGAAAGAAGACAACCAAACAAAGUUUUUGGUGCUGUCUCGGGAGGUGCAUCACUAUGGCUACAUGCAGCUGGAUCCCUGUAUCUGUGACUACCCAGAACCGGGCUGUGAGGCUGUCGUCUCUGUCGGCAAUGAUCAGAUCAGCUGCUGCAUAACCCUGCCCGAUAACAAAACCCAGGAUGUUGUCUUCCAGAUGAACAAGGUGAAGUGCUGGCAGGUCACUUUCCUGGGGACUGUGCUGGAUAUGGAUGGGCCCCUGCGAACUCUCAACCAGAACUUAGAGCUCAGAUUUAAGUACAGCGAGGACAGUCGCUGCCAAUGGGUUGUUUUUUAUACCAAACAGGCUUUUUUGCUGAGUAACUGCUUGAAAAAGAUGAUCACAGAAAAGAUGGUAAAGCUAGCUGCAGAGAAUCCAGAAAUGCAGAUUGAAGUUCCGGAACAAGGCAAAAGUAAAAGAAGCCACAUUCAACAAAAUCAGCAGAAAGACUAUUUUAGUUUUCUACCAAGAAAAAGCAAGAUUUCCAUUAAGGUAGCUGAAGAUGACUGUGUUUUUGGUACCAUAAAGGAAGAAGAUCUUUGAAGAGAAUGUCUUACUUUUUAAAAUGUCCUUUAAGGCUGUCUCAAGACAAUGAACAAAAUUUGGGGUUGAAGGUAGACUUUGUACUGUCUUUGGAAGAAAUUUUACCCCCUCCCAUUUUUUUGACAUUAAGAUGGCCCAUAUUCAUCAAGAUUCAAACAACACAGAUAAAACUCUAUGUACAUCUCAAGAUUAAAAAAAAUAGGGACCAAAGUUAUACGGUUGAUUUUUUUUUUUCAACUUUAAAACCGCAUUUAUGAAAUAUCCCUCGUUUUCCAUUCAGAAGUCAGGGGCGCCUGGGUCCCAGUGCACAGCAUGUCACUUUCAAAGCAGCCGACACAGUGCCCAAACCACUGCUUGGAUUCUGCAGUACAACACGACAGCCACUGCAGGGGCAAUCUUUCAAGUAUCUUCCAGUCCUGGCAUUAUGGAAAUUUGCUGCUCACACUCCAGAGGAAUGGUGGACACCAGUGUGCUGUGCACCAUGGUGGGAAGACAUCACAGCCAUGACCCCCUUCACCUUUUAUACCAGCACUAUCCAGAAGAACUUCUGUGAGGACAGCAAUGUUCUAUAACCCGCACGGUCCAAUACGGAGCCGCUUGCCAUGUUUGGCUACUGAGAACCUGAAAUGUGGCUGAUGUGAACGAAAAAUGGAAUUUAAAACUUUACUUAGCUUUAAUCAGGCCACAUGUGGCAAGUGGCUACCACACUGACCAGCACACAUUUGGGAGGGGGCAAGCAACUGUGUGAAAUUUCUAUAACCUUGCUCUGUAGAUGGAGCAGAUCAAGGCCUCAAACCAUUUCAAAACUGUUCUUGCAAGCACUGUAGGAAUGCGCAAGGUCAGCCCAGACCCAAGAACAUGGGAGGCUUGCAAACAGUUGAUUUUUUAAUGACUCAUAAAUGACAAGUGACAAGCUCAAGUCAACUAAUAUGAAACUCAUUCUAUUUUUGUCCUAAAGUAAACAUCUGCCUAGUUUCAUGAAGUCUUUUUUAUGUUCUGAUAUUCAUGAAUGAAAGACUCAUUAUAAAACAUUAAGAUGCAGUGAGUCUAAAAUGUUACCAUCUCAGAUGUACUUUAAGCAAGGAGCUAAGGAAACUGUUGGAACUUAAUUGCUGCUUAGAGUUUUAAAUACUGCUAUUAUUAAUUUGCUGUGAAAGAAAUUGGAGGAAUUAUAGAACAUAUUAGGACAUUUGUCCUAUAUAGUUUUGUAAGCCUGUUAAGUUCUGAAGACAUGACUCAUUAGUUGAAGAUAAUAUGGCUCUUCCUAAGAAAUGGAAUCAUUGAAAAAGAAAUCUGAACUUCACUACUCGAUUCAUCCACAGAACCAGAGCAAGGAAAUGAUGAAAUAUGGAUUUGUUCCCUUAAGUAAUUCUGAGGGUACCAGUAUGGAUGUGCUCAAAGUAUGAACUGUCCUGUUCUAUUUUUCUCCACUGUUUUAAUGUUGUAUUCUAUCCUUGGAAUACUGAAUUCACUUCAGUAAUCAUCAUGCUACAUUGAAUGAGCAUUUUUGUUUUAUUUUGUUUUGUUUUUGAAAAGCAACAGGGCCCUGCAUUUGUUAUCAGAGACCUUACAAGUUUCUUAGCCUUAAAAAUAUGUAUAAUUUCUCAGUUUUCCUUGUUCUGUUUCAUUAAUCUCAUGGUAAUUAAUGUAAUUAUGUAUAGAAUUAAGAUCACAAUAAGUGGAAUGUAACUAGAUAAAGUUCAAUACUGUAUUCAAAAUGUUCUUUUU